AUGCUAUUACCUGGAACCUGCUGUGUAGUUUGUGUCGUCUGUGAAGGAUGGAUCUACAUCUGUAAUAUUGGCGAUUCUAGGGCAGUUAUGGGGACUCUUGAUAAGCCUAAAAACCAGGUCCAAGCAGUCUUUAAGCAAAUGGCUAUGCCCAAAAAGGGUAUUCAACCCUUCACUCUCACCGUAAAUCAUAGCAACGAGGAGUUAAGUGGGAUAAAUGACUUUCAGACUCAGCACAUAGAACACCCCGUUACAAGAUGUCAUUUUUUCCAUGUAAAAGACUACAUCAGGACUUCGAGAAUUUUAGGAUGCGCCUUCUUGAAAUCCCAGGACUUCAAUAAACGCUCAGGCUUGUCAGAAAAUUUUAGGUUGCGUGAAGACAUGAACUUCCCCGUUUUUUCGCUUGAUCCAUGGAUUCAUUCACAGAAAUUAAAACCAGAAAAUAAAUUUAUAAUAUUUGCUACUCAUGGAUUGUGGGACAAUACCGAUGAGAAAAAGGCAGUGGAAAUCGUCAAUAGCUCGCCACAGCAUGGCAUAGCUAGGUUAUUGAUAAACCAUGCCUUGAAGAAGAAGGCGCCAUUAGCUAAUAGAAACCUACAAAAUCAAGAAGCUGCAUCAAGUAGAUCGAUUCAGGAAGAAAUCAGUGUCUUUGUCCUUUUUCUGGAUCAUCAAAAACUUACGAGUAACAAAAGCUCCUCAGAAUGUCCGAGUAUUGACAUAAGAACAUAUGGAGCUAGCAGCAUCCAGCCCAGUCCUGAUGAAGCAAGUAGCAGCGGCACAAAAGAAGCUAACGACACCAAAGAAGCCAGCGACACCGAAGGAGCUAGCAGCAGCCUCUGGAAACAAAUAGGAUCAUCAUUCAUGAAGUUUACUUAGCUGUGGAUCCCUUAAAACAAAACAAAUUGUUCUUGAGAUUAGUUGUGGAAGCGCUAUACAAACAUUUAUUUUGGUCCAUGUUUUGAUUGGUACGAUAAAAAAAUCCUUGGUUGUUGAA